AUGGCAGCAGGCCGACCGGAGGGGCAGGACCACCCGCCCGAGAACGGCUUCACCCCGCUGGAGCACCCGGUGCCCCGGCUCCUGCCGCACAUCGACGGCACGGUGCUGCCGUCUCUGGGGGGUUUUGGGAAACAUCAGAAGCAGCUCGUGGUCCUGACCUGGAUACCGGCAUUGUUCAUCGGCUUUAGUCAGUUUUCGGAUUACUUCCUCCUGGCUCAGCCCAAUGGCACGUGCGUGCAACCCCUCACGAACGAGAGUAACUGGACCGCGGCAUCCCCGCUGGUCACCGGCGGCGCGCCCGCGCUGCAACUCGCAGUCAACGGCACCGAGGGGGCAUACGGCGACAGCAGCAUGCUGUGCGCCUGCAAGGAGUGGAGGCUGGAGCUGCACACGGGACUUAGUCAGAAUGUAGUUACCAAGUGGAACCUGGUGUGUGACUCAGCCUGGAAGGUGCACAUUGCCAAGUUCUCUUUGCUUGUGGGCUCUAUAUUUGGCUACCUAGUGAUGGGUGUCAUGGCUGACUGGUUUGGUCGACACCCGGUGUUGAUUCUCUCGGUGCUUUUCAUGCUGGUGUUUGGUCUGAGUGUUGCCUUCUCUGUGAACGUCACCAUGUUCAGCACCUUGCGCUUCUUUGAGGGUUUCUGCUUGGCGGGCCUCGCUCUCUCCCUCUACGUGCUCAGGAUCGAGCUUUGUUUGCCGGCCUGGCGUUUCUCCAUGACCAUGGUGGCCAGUUUUCUGAUGGUGGCCGGGCAGCUACUGAUGCCAGGGGUUGCCGCUCUGUGCCGCAAUUGGCCGGGCCGCGACGACUGGCAGGUCCUGCAGAUUGUCAUAAUCAGCCCUUUCGUUCUGAUGCUGCCCUACGUGUGGCUUUUUCCAGAGUCGCUGCGCUGGUUGCUGGCCACCCAGCACUACAGGCGGUCCAAAGUCAUGAUGCUGCGGAUCGCCAGGAAGAACCAGGUUAACGUGACCACCGAGCCCAAUGGAGUUCUGGCGGAGCUGGAGCAGGAGCUGCACAAGAAACCCCAGCCGACCUGUAUUGUCAAGAUGGUGAGCACCAGGAACCUGUGGAAGAACAUCGUGGUGCUGUGCGUCAACUCGCUGACGGGUUACGGGAUCCACCACUGCUUCGCCCGCAGUAUGAUGGACCCGGAGGCCCAGCCCACCGCCUUGUGCCACGCCGACUAUUACACGAUGGCUGGCAUCGCCGUGGCCACCUGCCUGGCGCUUUGCCCCGCGGUGGGACUGAUGGGUCGGCGUGGCGGGCUGCUCACCUUCAUGAUCAUUACUGCCCUGGCGUCCCUGCUGCAGCUGGGUUUACUCAACUUGAUUGGAAAGUACAGCCUUCGCCAUGACACAGUCCUGCGAGACUCUCUGAACAGGAAAUUCUCGGUGGCCUUCUCCAUCAUCGGCAUGUUCUCCUCUCACGCGGUCAGCACACUCAGCAUUUUCUUUUGUGCUGAAAUCACCCCUACGGUCAUCAGGGGUGGAGGACUGGGUCUGGUCCUGGCCAGCGCCGGCUUCGGCAUGCUCACCGCACCCAUCAUGGAGCUCCACAACCAGAAGGGCUACUUCCUGCAUCACGUGAUCUUCGCCUGCUGCACCCUGCUGUGCAUCAUCUGCCUGCUGCUGCUGCCCGAGCCGCGGGGCCAGCCCCUGCCGGAGAGCCUGGCCGACGGAGAGAUCUUCACCCGACAGACGCUGCUCCACCCCGGAGAGCAGCAUCUCCUCCUGGCCAAGACCGAUGGGGAGUACGCCCGCGUGCACGACACGCCGCUGCACCUCACGACCACCGGGGGCGCUACAGUGGCAGCAGCAACCGCUCUGGCAGCGGUGCCCGCCUCAUACGCCCUGGCCACUGGCGGGGAGGUGAUAGGAAAUCAUGUCAUAGCCAACGGGGUGUGA